AUGAGCCCACGCCCGCGUCUACGCCUGGCCCUGGUCCUGCGCCGCGUUCGCACACCUAGACGCCCAAGCCCUACCCAGCAGCAGCAGCCCUUCGGCUCGUACCGCCCGUACAAGGGUCGCGAGAUGCCCGGGGCUGGCAGUGGUGGCUUGAACCAGGGCCAGAAGCCGAACGAGGGCGUCGCAGAGACACUCAUCGGCCUGUCCAACUACCGCGAUGGCGCGGCCCCAGCUUCGCAAGCGCCAAGCGACCCGCCUCCGCCUCCGCCGACGAGCGGUCCUGGUGUACGUGCUCCCAGCCCGACGCCUAGCAUGCGCUCCCGCGCUUCGCAUCAUGGUAGCGUGAGCAGCACUCGUUCUGCUGGGCAAGGUUCGCGUCCCGCCGGCACGAAGCCCACACACUCGGCUGACCGUGACGACUCCGACGGUUUGUUGAAGAGGGCGAAGAUGGGCACGCCUGUGACGGCCGCGACGAGCCUGCUGAGCAUGAAGAGUAGACAGUCGCUUGAAGAUGCAUCAUAA